AUGGAGCUUGUGGGGCAGGCAGCAUCCAGCCUUGUUCCCAUCACCUGGCUGUCUGGCUGGGCAAAGCUUGUGGCUGUGCAGUACCCACGGCUGGCCCCAGCCUUUGGCUGGCCUCCCUUCUUCUUCUCUUCCAAGGACUUCAGUUUGUCAAACGAAAAAGAUGCCCACGCCAGUGACAGCGAUGAGAACUUGGAGCGUGGCAACUGGUCAAGCAAAGGCGACUACCUGCUCUCCAUGGUGGGCUACGCUGUGGGCCUGGGCAACGUCUGGCGGUUUCCCUACCUCACCUACCAGAAUGGCGGAGGUGCUUUUCUAAUCCCAUACACCCUGAUGUUGGCCUUAGCUGGCUUGCCCUUAUUUUUCAUGGAAUGUUCCCUUGGGCAGUUUGCCAGUCUAGGGCCAAUUUCCGUCUGGAGAAUAUUACCAUUCUUACGAGGAGUGGGCAUCACAGUGGUCAUCUUCUCAACAUUUGUGGCGAUCUACUACAAUGUUAUCAUUGCUUAUGCGCUCUACUACUUAUUUGCCUCAUUUCAAAAAGUGCUACCGUGGUCGGAUUGCUUUUCCUGGGCAGAUGAGUUCUGCAGCAAAACACGACUAGGCGAGCAGCUCCGCUGCCGGCAGCCGAGCGCUCUGGCGCGGUGCGCGGGGCUUCCUGAAGCGGGAAACCCGAGGGGAGCCGAGACCCGCCGGCAGCCGGCAGCUCGCGCCACAGCGCCUGAGCAGACCUGGGCGGGGCCAGGAGCGGCGACGGCCGAGCGCCCCGGGGAGCGCCCGAGCGGGGCGGGCAAACGGCGUGGCGCGGCAGAGGUGCUGGAGCUCCGCCGGCCCGGCCGGGCAGCCGUGGCAUCUACCCGGCAGAAGGCCGUGUCCGCUCUAAACUCUGCACCCGCUGCGACUGACGCAGCUUCCCAGAGAGAGCUCCGGUGGGAACACGCUGCUACCCAGGUGUCAGGCUGCGGGCUGUGCCCUGCUGUUAUGCCGGCAGCGGCCGGCAGCAGGGAGCACACCUGUGGGAGGUGCGCCCGGGGAGAGGAACUGCUCCGCUUAGUGACAGAGCUCAGGGAGGAGGCGAGGAGGUUGAGGCGUAUCGGGGAGUGCGAGAGAGAGGGGCUACUGGAAUCGCAGCCUACCUUCCCAGGGACAGGCCCGUCAGGCAGACUGGACGCACGAUACAGAGGAUUGCCUAUCCUCUCCCCACCCGCCAGAACACGGUUUGGAAAGAUGCAGCCACCCAGAUAUUCUACUCCCUCCGUGGCAUGGGGCGGGCUUGUUGCUUUGUCAUCGUACAAUAAGUUCCACAACAACUGCUACUCGGAUGCUAUUUUAGUUUGUGUAACCAACUGCGUCACCAGCGUAUUUGCUGGGUUUGCGAUAUUCUCCAUCUUGGGACAUAUGGCAUUUGUGUCCGAGAGACCCGUCUCGGAGGUUGUGGACUCAGGAUUUGAUCUGGCAUUUGUAGCUUACCCAGAAGCUCUCUCCAGGAUACCAGUUUCUCCUCUGUGGUCCUUCUUGUUUUUCUUCAUGCUCCUGCUCUUGGGCCUUGACUCUCAGUUUGCCACCAUAGAAACACUUACAACCACCAUACAAGAUAUAUAUCCCAAAGUGAUGAAAAAGUUAAGAAUCCCUAUAACCCUGGGUGUGUGCAUAUUGCUCUUCUUUCUCGGUCUUGUCUGUGUUACUCAGGCAGGAAUUUACUGGGUUAACCUAAUAGAUCACUUUUGUGCUGGAUGGGGAAUCCUUAUUGCAGCUGUCCUGGAGAUAAUAGGCAUCAUCUACAUUUACGGAGGAAACAGGUUCAUUGAAGACAUUGAAAUGAUGAUUGGAAAGAAGAGCCGUUUAUUCUGGCUGUGGUGGAGAAUGUGCUGGUUUUUCAUUACUCCUGUGCUGUUAAUGGCAAUUUUGGUCUGGUCUUUGGUCACGUUUUCACCUCCCACUUACGGCUCGGUGUUAUAUCCAGCCUGGGGAACUGCCGUUGGCUGGUGCACGAUCAUCUUCUGCGUCAUCUGGAUUCCCAUCGCCGCUAUUCUAAAAAUAGUUAAAGCUGAAGGAAACCUUUGUCAGGACAUUUUCCAGCCGGGGCUGCGCGGCGGUGCGCUGACCAGCAGAGAGCAGCGUGUGCUCGUGUCUUCUGCUCCGCUCCCAGCACCCGGGGAGCGGGGGCCUGCGAGGGGUCGGCACAAGCCCCCGGCCCAGCCCGACUCUGCCCGGGAUGUUGGCUCGCUCGCUCGCUGCUCCGUGGCCCUGGAGACUGCAUUGUAA